ACCAUUAGAUUUCAAUCAGAUGAACAACAAUGGACAAAAAGUCACAGAUGAUCAAAAAGUAGUAGAUUAUAUUUCAAGUGGUUUGAAUCCAAGUCUGGGAGUUGGACAUACCAAGAGUGAUGUGACUGCUAACGCAUCUCCAUUGACCUGCAUUGUACCUGGCUGUGCUAGCAACAAACUAAAAUUUCCUGAGAGAACGUUCUUCACCUUGCCAGUUUCCAAAGACAAGCAACUUCAGUGGCUUACUGUCUGCAAACGUGAAGAUCUCCUGGACAGUAUGGAGCUCAGCCUUGCAGUGUGUUCCAACCACUUCAUUGAGGAACAUUUUACAGAUUCAUCUGGUAGAAAAUUAAAAGAAGAUGCCAUACCAAUGGUGUUUCCAGUGGUGCAGUCAUCAUACAACAAGAACUGUAUAUUGGAUACAGAGGAUAUCUGUGAAGAAGAGGAACCAGUGUUUAUCGAUAACUGUGAAACCAUCAUUAAAAUUGAGUCAGACAUUGAUGAUAAUCUGGAUGGUUUUAUGGACGAUGGUGAUGGAAAUGCUGUUUUGAAACACCCUGGCCAGCUUUGCCGCCUUUGUGCCAGCAGUACCAAAGAUGUGAUCUACAUCUUCAGUUCAGCUGGCAAGCAACUCAACAUAGCAGACAAGAUCAACUCAAGUCUGCCAGUUCUG